AUGUCUGACGAGCCGACUACCAGCGGUCAAUCCGCGCCUGCCGCGACUGAGGAGGUGGAGAAGAAGGUUGAGGGAACCUCUCAUGCUGCUGAAGCUUCUGAGGCGCCCGCGACUGCUGCCAGCGACGCGAAACCAUCCGAGUCUGAGGCAGCUGCCAAGGAGACCACCGAGGAGGCGCAGAAGGAGGACUCCAAGAAUCAGGAUUCUGAGACCAAGGAAGCGGAAUCAUCCGGCAAGACAGACGAACCAUCCAAGGACGAGGACGCGGACGUCGAGAUGAAGGACGCGACAGAUGGAGCUGAGACGAAGGAGGCAUCUGACCCCGUUGCCGAUGAUGCUGAGCAAGCGCCUGCUGCCGACGCGGACGCUGCUGAUGUGACAGCUGACAAGUCCAAGUCGCGUCGGAGAUCGUCCGGUAUUCCGGAACACAAGGGCAAGAAGCUUAGCAAGAAGGCAUCCAAGGCGAAGUUCUUCAACACCAAUGCGCAACCUGGCGACCACUUCCUCGUCAAGCUUAAGGGAUACCCUCAAUGGCCCGUCAUUGUCUGCGACGAGGAAAUGCUCCCCGAGACCCUGCUCAAGAGCCGUCCCGUCACGGCGAAGCGUGCCGACGGCACGUAUCGCGAAGACUUUGCCGAUGGUGGCAAGCGCCAAAAUGACCGCACAUUCCCCGUCAUGUACCUCCGGACCAACGAAUUCGGUUGGGUACCAAACUCUGCUCUCCAGGAGCUGAACUCCGAAAAGGCGACCGAGCUCCUCACCGACAAAGUCAAGAAGGUCGAGCUACGUGAUGCUUUCGAGCUCGCCAUUGAGCAACACCCGCUUGAUUACUACAAGGACGAGCUUCAGAAAUACCAAGAUGAACUGGCUCAAAAGCAGGCCGCUAAGGAUGCCAGAGAGGCCGCGAAGAAGAACAAGAAGAAGACUCCUGCAGUCAUUUCGGACGAUGAUAUCGACAUGGCUGACGCCGCGGAUGAGGAAGAGGAGAUCCCCGAACCCAAGGAGAAAAUCAAGUCCAAGAAGAGAAAGGCCGACGAAGAAGCUAUCAGCACUCCGGCACGGACUGAUUCUGCUAAGAAGCCCAAGAUCAAGCUGAACAUAUCCUCAACUCCUAAGACGACGAACGGAACAGCUACACCAAAGUCGGCUAAAGAGUCAGCCGCUAAGCCUGCGAAGUCCAAAUCAUCAAAGAAGGAUGGCGCCGAGAAGAAGGCGGAGAAGGAAGUACCCAAGGAGCCUGAACUUACCGCUGAAGAGAAGCACCAACGCAAGGAGGCAAGUAAAGAUGAUGACAUGAAGGAGGUUCUCUUCUUGCGCCACAAACUUCAGAAGGGCUUGCUCACCAGAGAUCAAGAGCCCAAGGAGGAAGAGAUGAAGAUGAUGUCAGACUACAUUACUAAGCUUGAGAGCUUCCCAGACCUUGAGGUCUCGAUUAUCCGGGCGACCAAGAUCAACAAGGUCCUCAAGGCUAUCCUGAAGCUUGAUUCUAUUCCUAAGGAAGAGGAGUUCAACUUCAAGAGCCGUUCGCAGACGCUCCUCGACAAGUGGACCAAGAUUCUCAGCGGUGGCGAUGCAGCUGCCGCGCCCGCUGCGUCCGCAACUCCGGCUCCCACCAACGGUGUAAAUGGCACCUCUGGAAAGACGGAGGAGAAGAAGGAGACUUCUGCUGCUCCUAACGGUGCUAAAGAGGAGAGCAAGGAAGCUGAAAAGUCUGAGGAAUCUGAGAAGCAGGCCGAAAAGGAGGCAAGUGCCAAGAAGUCCGAGGAGCCUGAAAAGGCAGAAGAAAAGCCCGAAGAGGCCGAGAAGCCUGCUGAAGAGCCUAGUGAGAAGGAGGCAUCUGCGGCCCCGGAAACGGAUGAGGCUAAGGCUUAA